AUGGUGCACAACGAAGUGAACCAGAGCCAGGUGACCACCUUUAUCCUCUUGGGUUUCUCGGAAUACCCACAUCUACAGGUACCUCUCUUCUGUGUGUUUUUGAUGGGUUACACAGUGGCUCUGAUGGGAAACUUGGGCCUGAUUGUGGUUAGAAUGAUCAAUCGUAAACUUCGUACACCCAUGUACUUUUUCCUCAGUCAUCUUUCCUUCCUGGAUAUUUGUUAUUCCAGUGUAUUAACGCCACAACUUCUAGAGCUCUUAGUUGUGGAACGCAAAAUGAUCUCCUUUGAAGGAUGUAUGAUGCAAUUUUUCAUUGGCUGUGCCUGUGUGGUUAUAGAAAUGUUUAUGCUGGCCGUGAUGGCCUAUGACAGGUUGGUGGCCGUGUGCAACCCUCUGCUCUACACAGUCACCAUGUCCCCCAAGCUCUGUGCUUCCCUCGUAGCUGGGACUUACCUAUGGGGUGGCCUCUGCUCAGCCAUACUCACUUAUUCCCUGGGGCAGCUGUCCUACUGUGGAGCCGGCAUCAUCAAUCACUUUGGCUGUGAAUUCUCAGCAGUCCUCUCUGUAGCUUGCUCAGACACGACUUUCAGCCAAAUGUCAUGCUUAGGCAUUUCACUAUUCAAUGAGUCCUGCAGCCUCCUGAUCACCCUGGCUUCCUAUGUGGUCAUAGUAGUCACCAUCCUGAGAAUGCCCUCCAAGGGGGGCCUGAGGAGAGCCUUCUCCACCUGUACCUCCCACUUGACAGCCAUCAGCAUCUUCCAUGGAGUUAUACUCUUGCUCUACUGUGUGCCCAGCUCCACAAGGUCAUGGCUCCUGGUCAAAAUAUCUACUGUGCUUUAUGCGAUCAUCAUCCCCAUGCUGAACCCCCUCAUUUACAGCCUGAGGAACAAAGAUGUGAAGGAGACGGUCAGGAGGCUCAUAAAAUUCCAACUGCAGACACACUCACUAUAA